AUGAGCGAUGCUUCCCCGAAAGAUGCCGGCUAUCGCGUGCUCGCGCGCAAAUACCGGCCGGCCGAUUUCACCGCGCUGAUCGGGCAGGAGCCGAUGGUGCGCACGCUGACCAACGCGUUCGCCGCCGACCGGAUCGCCCAGGCCUGGAUGCUGACGGGCGUGCGCGGUGUCGGCAAGACGACGACGGCGCGCAUCCUGGCGCGCGCGCUCAACUACCAGUCCGACACGAUCGACAAGCCGACGAUCGACCUCACCGUGCCGGGCAUCCAUUGCCAGCCGAUCAUGGAGGGCCGGCAUGUCGAUGUGGUCGAGAUGGAUGCGGCGUCCCACACCGGCAUCGACGACAUCAAGCAGAUCAUCGAUUCGGUGCGUUACGCGCCGGUGUCGGCCCGCUACAAGGUCUACAUCAUCGACGAAAUCCACAUGCUGUCCGAAAAGGCGUUCAACGCGCUUUUGAAGACGCUCGAAGAGCCGCCGCCCCACGCCAAGUUCAUCUUCGCGACCACCGAGAUCAGGAAGGUGCCGAUCACCGUCCUGUCGCGCUGCCAGCGGUUCGACCUGCGCCGCAUCGAGAUCGCCGAACUGACCGCGCACCUGCGUUCCAUUGCCGACACCGAAGAGGUGGCCGUCGACGACACCUCGCUGGCCAUGAUCGCCCGCGCCGGCGAGGGUUCGGUGCGCGACGCGCUGUCGAUCCUCGAUCAGGCCAUCGCCCACGGCAACGGCACGGUCGAUGCGAGCGCCGUGCGCGACAUGCUCGGCCUUGCUGACCGCACCCGCGUCGUAGACCUGUUCGAGCAUCUGAUGGCCGGCCGCGUCACCGAGGCGCUGGACGGGUUUUCGUCGCUCUAUCAGGCUGGCGCCGACCCGGUCGUCGUCCUCAACGAUCUGGCCUCGUUCACCCAUCUGGUCACCCGGCUGCGCUAUGUGCCCGGCGCCGCCGCCGACGAUCCGUCCCUGUCGCCCGACGAGCGCGAGCGGGGCAUCGCCUUUGCCGAAAAGCUUCCGGUCACGGUGCUGGCCCGUGCCUGGCAGAUGUUGCUCAAGGGCAUCGGCGAAUGCGAGAGCGCGGCGCGGCCCUUCGCGGCCGCCGAAAUGCUGCUGAUCCGGCUCGCGCAUGCAUCGACGCUGCCGACGCUGGACGAGGCCUUGAAGAAGCUCGACAGCGCACCGGCCGGCCCGGCGCAAUCCGCAAACGGUCCGCAAGGCGGUGCAAAGGUAUCCUCGCAGCCAGCCCCGACUGACGCGGCUCCUGCGAUGGCGCCGGCCGGUUCGGCGGACCCGGCGCCGCAACCGCCUCAGCCGGCAACGACGAUGACCGCCGCGCAUACCCAGCCAGGCGGUGGUGCAUCGGCCAUGCGGCUUGUUUCGCAGAAUCCCGGGCCGGCGCCGGCGGCCCAGCCGCCGAUGGCCGCGCCCGAGCCGGCACAGCCAUCCGUACCCGUUGCCGGCCUGCAGGAUCUGGCCGAUCUCGCCGACCGGCAUCGCGACCCGCUGAUGAAGGUGAACAUCCGCAAAUGCGUGCGGCUCGUCUCGAUCGAACCGGGCCGGCUGUCGGUCAACCUGACCGAGGAUGCGCCGGCGACGCUGCUCGGCGAUCUGUCGCGCAAGCUCGGCGACUGGACCGGCACGCGCUGGAUCGUGUCGGUCAGCCGCGAACCCGGCGGACGGACGCUGGAGGAGGUCGAUGGCGAAAAACGCGACGCGCUGUUCGCCGAUGCCGCGCGCGAUCCCGACGUGUCGGCGAUCCUGGGCGCCUUUCCGGGCGCGCGCGUGGUCGAUGUGCGCGUCAACGAUGCCGGCCCGCUGGACGUUAUCGCCGGCGAUACCGAUAUGGAUGCGAGCGACGUCGUCGCCGACCCCGACGAUCCGACCGAUUCCGACUGA